AUGUGCCGGUCCCUCUUCACGGUGCUCGCCUGGGGCGACCUGGCCCACGACGAGGUGCCGAGCGGCGAGGCCUUCCUGAAACCGCCCGCGGAGCCGGACCCCGGCGAGGCCGACCGGUGGGCGCGCGGCGCGCUGCCCUCCAAGGCCACGGUCAAGGCGCUGGACCUCCCGCUGAGCCCGCCGCCGAGCGCCCACCCGGGGUCCCAGCCGUCCAGCGCUAGGUCCACGAUGUCGCAGCGGGGCAAGCGGCGGAAGCCGCCGCCGUCGGCCGCGGGAUCGCGCAAGGGCGAGCCCCAGCCCGAGCCCAUCAUGUUCAACAUCAGCGAGGAGGACAAGCGCACGGACCUCAUGGUGCCCGAGGGCUACAAGUGGCCCGACAAGGCCAAGAGCCGCGAGCCCAGCGUCGACGACGAGGCGUCCGUGCUCGAGGCGCGGCGCCUCGCGGACGAGGACGAGCUCUUCAAGAAGAAGAUCCACGCCAUCAAGUCCAAGGGCAAGAAGUGGACGUUGACGCCCGACGGCGCCAUCCUCGAGAUCGUGCCCCCGGGCAAGGCCGAGUCCGCGCUGUCGCCGCACUACGCGGUCCGCGGCGUCCAGCGCCAGCCCCUCGCGCCGUCGCCGGCCAAGUCGCCGCCGCCGAAGCAUUCUACGAAAAAAAAGAAGGGCCGCGACUCCGAGGCCAAGGCGCCGUCCGCGGCCGACGCGCGGCGCGACGCGGCCGAGGCCGCGUUCCGCCGCUACUUCAAGGUCAGCCCGCUCGAGCAGCCGUCCAUGGUCGCCGGCGAGGGCGGCUUCGGCUGCGCCGCGGGCGUCACGGUCAAGCAGGGCGCGCGCUCGCUCGCGGGCGCGCCCAUGCUCGAGGACCCGGACCACCGGUCGCGCGCGUCCUACGAGAGCUUGCGGUCCGGCGGCGCGCGCGACGGCGCGGACGCGGGCGCGUCCUUCGCGUCGACGCUCGAGUCCGCCGACGAGGCCGCGUCGCCGACGCGGGGCCUCGCCGACCGCCUCGCGCGGGGCUCGCGGUCCGAGGCGGAGCUGCCGAGCCCCGCGCUGCCCGGGCCCGAGUCCGUGGACCCCUUCGCCGGCGCGCACCCUUUGGCCUACUCGCGGUCCUCGCCGGCGCUGGGCACGCCCCAGGACGUCGAGGACGAGAACGUGCGCCUCACGCACGCGAGCGACUGGGGCGCCGUCGGCCCGCUCCGCGACCCUUUCGUCGGCCGGCGCCACACGCGCCAGUCGAGCCGCCAGCGCGCGCGCACCUUCGAGCACGGCGCGGCCAAGGCGCGCGCCGCGCGCGUCCGCGUCGCCGCCGCGCCGCCCACGCGGCCCCUCCUCUCCUACGCGGUCCCGCCGCCGGGCGUCUCCGAGACGGCCCUCCACGUCUUCGAGGGCUGCCCGGCUAUGGUGCGCCUCCGGCGGCUCCUGCUGGUCGCGGUCGUCGCCGCGGAGGAGCUGCAAGAAUCGUCGUCGCCGCGCUACGCCCUGCUGCUCGCCGGCGGCCUGCGCACGCUGCUCGUGACGUGGCCGUCGACGCGCCGGCACCUCGUGGAGACGAACGGCGGGCGGCGCCGCUGGUACCUGGGCCUCGCCGCGUCCUUCGGCGCGGGCCAGGGCGAGCUCGCCGCCGCGGCGCGCCACCUCUGCGGCCGCGAGCGCUUCGACGCCUGCGAGCUGCUCCCCCACGACGCGGCGCGGACGCGCGCGUUCUACGGAACCGACCGCCGCGCGCUCGCGCGAAUACAAAACUGCGGCGGCCGGAAGAUCUGCAGCUUCGCCUUCCAGUGGGAGCUCGUGGCCCGCGCCUUCGAGCGCUUCGACGCGAGCGGCGCGUCGGAGACGACGGCGCUCGUCGUCCGGUGCCGGCCCGACACGGUGCUCUUCGCGUCGCUCGACCUCCGGGCCUACGCGUGCCCCGCGGGGUCCUGCGCGUACGUGCCCUGCGCGGUCCGCGACGGCGCCGCCGUGCCGUGGACCGGGGGCGGCAACGGCGAGCGGCUCGUCGACGACUUCUUCGUCGGGUCGCCGGGCGCGGCGCGGACCUACGCGGCCCGGUGGGACGGCCGCGACGUCGCCGAGGGCUUCGUGACGUCGCGGUUGAGGCGCGCACACGCGCAGACGCGCACGGCCCACCACGCCGUGCUGGCCUACGGCAACGCGCGCGCCUUCGUCGACGCGGGCGUCUACCGGACGACGCGGAAGCACGCGCGCUGCGUCGGGCGCGUGGACGCGCCGCCCGCGCCCGCGCGGGGGUUCCCCGCCUACAACGCGACGGACGCCGCGAUCCUCGCGCGGUACGUGGCGGGGCGGGGGGGCGUAAGGUAG